AUGACUAACCGAUUCUUUCUUUCCUUCGUUUUUUCUUUCAACUUAAUUUUGGCCUUUGUUUCAAUUAUUCUUUUUCCUUUUUUCUAUCUCUCUGUUUCUUUUUCUUUCAUUAAUCAUUCUUUUUUCUUUCUGCUCUCUUUCAUAUUAACCUCUUUUAUUUACAGCUACGACAAACGAUGCCCUUUACAUUUCCCUAAUUCUCUUAUGCUCUCUUUAACCAAGAAAAAAAAAAUUCUGGAUUAUUUUCUUUCAAGUUCAUCUUACCUUCGUUUUGGUAUCUUAAUUUUCUUCUAUUCAUUUUCUUUCUUUGAUUUGUUCACUUUCUUUCGUUUUUCUUUCUGUCUUUCAUCCUUUCUUUCUUUUUUUUUCGUUCUUUUGUUCGCUUCAUUUUUUCUUUCUUUCUUUUUUGUUCACUUUUUUACAUUUGUUUACUUUUUCUUUCAUUCAUUUUCUUUCUUUUUCUUUCUUUCCUUCUUACUUUUAUUUACUUUUAUCUUUCUUAUUUUCUUUCAGUUGAUUUUAGUUUUUCAUUUUUUCGCUAUUUUUUCUUUCUUCCUUUUUAUUCACUUUCUUUUUUCUUACAUUUGUUUACUCUCUUUCAUCCUUUUUUCUUUCUCUUCAUUUUCUUACUUUUAUUCACUUUUUCUUCUUUCUGUUUACCUUCUUUUCUUCUCUCACUAUUGUUCACUUUCUUUCUUUAUUUGA